ACUUAAAUUCCAACCACUCAGCGCCCAGAGAACGCGUUACGUGGCUAAACGCGGAAGUACUCCAAUACACCUGCUAAAGAUGAGGGGAGGAAGACGUUUGGACAGCAGGGGAGUCCGAGCUGCAGCCAUGCAGUGAAGCAGCCGAGUGGAGGUGUUUGUCAUGAGGCUGUAGCGUUGGAGCUUAAGGAUGGAAGUCUUGGUGGCCAAGCUGCUUGGCCUGCUGGGAUUGUUUGUCCUCAUGCUGGCAGGUAUACUGGUCCCGGUGCGUCUCCUGUUGGCCGACCACGACAAGGCACACAGAUACAGGCGAUCUCUGUCUCUGUGUAACUCAUUCGGAGGAGGCGUUUUCCUGGCAACGUGCUUCAACGCUCUGCUGCCGUCCGUCAGAGACAAGGUGGCCGACUUGUUCCAGCAGCUGAAGAUCAGCAGCGACUACCCUCUGGCAGAGACGAUGAUGAUGCUUGGCUUCUUCCUCACCGUGUUCGUGGAGCAGGCCAUUCUCACCUUCCGGAGGGAGAAACCGUCGUUCAUCGACCUGGAGACGUUUAACGCAGGCGGCUCUGAGGCCGGAAGCGACUCUGAGUACGACACGCCCUUCAUCCCCUCUGCGCGGGCCUCGCCGGGAGACGAUGGCAAUCACCGCCCCCGCGGUCACAAUCACGGGCACUUCAACCCCGCCGAGCUGGCCGGGGCGGGGCCUCUGCGCCUGGCCAGCCUGGUCCUGGCUCUGUCCGCUCACUCCGUGUUUGAGGGCCUGGCGCUCGGCCUGCAGGAAGACGGGGCCAAGCUGGGCAGCCUCUUCCUGGGCGUGGCCGUGCACGAGACGCUGGCCGCCGUGGCGCUCGGAGUGAGCGUGGCCAAAGCGUCGCUCGGCAUGAAGGACGCCGCCAAGCUGGGGGUGACGGUCAGCCUAAUGAUCCCAUUGGGCAUCGUGGUGGGGUUGGGCAUUGAGUCGACGCAGACGCUGGCGGGCAGCGUGGCGUCAGUGGUGCUGCAGGGACUCGCCGCCGGCACCUUCCUGUUCGUGACCUUCUUUGAGAUUCUGUCGCGGGAGCUGGACGACAAACGGGACCGGCUGUUGAAAGUGCUCUUCCUCAUCCUCGGCUACGCGGUGCUCGCCGUUCUCGUCUUCAUCAAGUGGUGACACACAUGAAGUUCUCCGACACACGCAGCAGUACCAAAGGAAAAGUCAUAACUUCACAGGGGUGGCCUGGUCCAGCUGUGAGACAAACCAACAUGUGAACCAAUCAAACUAUUUAUUCUCCUCCGCUAAGUCUGUGAAAUCCAGAAGCAAAUGUAAAGCUGCAGAAACAUUGUCCAGUGGUUCAACUUUACACCAUGCAGCUGUGAUGCACAGCUGGACUCUUAGACACUGUGACAUCACUGCUGAGAGUAGUUACUGAUGAAAUUCGUAUCAUGAAACCUAAACCAUGGAGUGCAGAAACCUUUCUUGCAGCUUCUCAUUGUGUGUACCUCUGAGGGCCCCUCGCCCCCUCCAGCAUGCUAAAUGGGGCUAAAUAUGCUGAAAUAUUCAAUUAACAAUGUGAGACCUCGUUAACAAGGCAAAGUGUCCAGGGAAGAGAAAAACGGCUGACUUAAAACACUGUAAAGACGGCAAACUGUUGUCUGUAACAUACAACUGUCAAACAAUAUAUUAUAUAUAUAUCAAUUAUCAAUAUAUUCAAUUAUUUUUAAAAACUUUAAUUUAAUUCAUCAAUGAAUAUUUUUUACUAGUUUCCCCUCACAUGAAUAAAAUGUUGCAAAUCCCAAAAUAAGCACAACAUAUUAUCAAAAAUAAAUCCUAAAUUCAAACUCUCAUUUAAGUUAUAACGAUUUGCAUCAAACUUGAAAGUAUAUUUAAUAUAUUACCGGAUGAUUGAUUAAUUAAUAUAUGAAUCACUUCAAUGUUGCAGCGGGUAAAGCUGGAUCUAAUUUGUUUAACUUAUUAUACUGUUGUGUUGGGGAAUCUUUAGUAAUAAAACUUUUAUUUAGUUAAUUAUAUAAAUGUACCCCCUGAUGUUGUGGAGAAUAAAGUGGCAUAAAAUCUAAAUGCUCAAUUACCCGUUGCUUAGGUACAGUUCUUGUGUAAAUUAGUUACUGCCAAAAGUGUGAGCUUUUGUGACUUUAGUUAUUUAUCAAACUUCUGUCUGUAUAAUUUCAGCCAAUCACAGCCUUUCAAAGAUACUAAACCUAUAUCUAUGUACGUGUAAUCAUUAUUUCUAUGACUUUUUCACCGUAGAUUGUUAUCUUAUUGUGAUUCUGAACAGUUUUGUAUUUAUGAUGUCACAUCCCAUAGUUUUCUUUGUGUUAGUUGAAAUUAAACAGUAUUAUCAUA